GCUCCUCUGGCGGGCGGUUGCUGAAAUCUGCCGGCAGGGCAAGCUCCGUGAUGGCUGGUUGGGCUCAGCACUUGGCAGGCAUUAAGGGCUUGGUGUUAGACAUCAGCGGGGUGCUUUUUGAUAGUGGAGGCGAAGGAGGCGGAGUCCCCAUUCCUGGAUCUAUAGAAGCUGUAAAAAAGAUCAAGGCAUCUGGUCUGAAGCUGCAGUUUUGUACCAAUGAAACUCAAGCGACACGUGAGAAGUUUGUGAAGAAGUUGCAGCGACUGGGCUUUGACAUUGUGGUAAAUGAAGUCACUGCUCCAGCACCAGCAGCGUGCCGCAUUCUCAAGGAACGUAACUUGAGGCCAUACCUUCUUGUACAUGAUGAUGUCAUCCCUGAAUUUGCUGAUAUUGAUAAAACAAACCCCAACUGUGUGGUGACUGGUGAUGCAGCAGACAACUUCUCUUACAAAAAUCUUAAUGAAGCCUUUCGAGUUCUCAUUGGCCUGGAGAAUCCAGUUCUGUUAUCUCUGGGAAAGGGGCGCUAUUAUAAAGAAACUGAUGGCUUGAAACUUGAUGUCGGAGUAUAUAUGAAGGCCCUAGAGUAUGCCUGUGACAUUCAAGCUGAAGUGGUGGGGAAGCCAGCCAAAAUGUUUUUCCAGUCAGCAUUAAGAGAAAUGGGUGUGGAACCACACGAGGCCAUCAUGAUUGGAGAUGAUAUUGUGAAUGAUGUAGGAGGCGCUCAGCAGUGUGGCAUGAGAGCUCUCCAAGUACGGACGGGGAAGUACAGGCCUUGUGAUGAGCAACAUCCCCAAGUGAAGGCAGAUGGUUAUGUGGACAACCUGGCAGAAGCAGUGGAGGUUAUUCUAAAGCAACUGCACAAGUAAACUGGAUCUCAGAAGACGAGUGAUCAGAAAGACGGCUGAUUUUUUACUGUGUUCGUCUCCAUUCAGUUCGCUUCCAUAUCAUUACCCAGUUGUAUGCAGUCACAAUUAAUUAUGUAGCAAACAGUGGAACUGCCAGUGUGCCUCAGAAGCCUUUUAAAAAAAAAACACCUUGUAAUUGCAAGUAACUGAAGUGAAAUAUUAACCGGAACAAAAGAAAAAGAUGACGUCUAGUGCAUACUUACGACACCUCAGAAUCUUUUGAAUCUUAAUUAUCUGUUUGGGGUAUAUAAAACCAUCCCUUAUCAGUGCUUAAACAUCCAUGCCCUGUACCAGUUGGGCUGAGAUCUGGUUCCUGAGCUGGAUUUUCCCCGUUUCCUUGGGAAAAAAGUUAACAGAGGUGUUGUCACUGUGUUAAAGCAGUGCAGAUUAAUGCAGAACAAGCCAAUCCUUAGAUCCUUGUAUGUAGAUACCAAGAUUGUAUUCUUUUCCCUCUGCUCUUAUGGUUUCCUUCAGUUGGAAAAGCAGUAUCCCAAGAGUGAAGACAGAUUUAACAUUUGUAGAGCAGCAGGGCCUCUUUCGAAGUGGCCUUAUUACCCUAACUCCUACCGUACCUUCCUUCUCCAAGGCUGAGCAGAGGGGAGGGGGUGGAACUUGUAAGUCUGAAGCAAAAAUCUAGUACCGAAUGUCUAACAGCUGUCAUUCUGUAACUUCUGCAAGAAAUCUCUCUCCCAGCCCCAGGACAUUUUUUUUCCCUUUAAAAAGGCAUCAAACAAACGGACACAUAUAUAAAUGUACAUAAAGAGAUUUUGAAAAAAGACAUUCUUGCCUGAUGCAUGAAGUAGGAUGAGAUGGACAGCUAGGCUAGGCCUGUCUUCGUUGGUAUACACAUCUGUCCUUUCAGUUGAGAAUCUGGGCUCACCUUACAUCCCAGAGACUCACUGUGGGCUCUCUUCUUUAUUAUGUCAGUCUUCACUCUAAAAGUAACGCUUGUUCUCAGAUAACUGAAUAAGUGGUUUUGGAGCUGCUCCAGGUACUAGUCUGGGACUAUUUUUGUUUGGCGUGCCUCUGGCAUGACCCUGGGAAGGAACUAGGCUGAGGUCACCAACCAGAACUUUUGAAGAAGGGAAUUCUAUAUUUUUCCACAGAUGCCAUCCGGUCAAUGACACAAAUUCUGUUCACCUUUACUUUGAGAAAUGCAGACAUUUGUGUAUGGCUUUCUUGUCUGGGUGGAGAGUUAGGCUUCCAUGACUGGACUGCUGCUGUCUAAUCACAUUGUUUUGCUCUUCUAAGAAUAGCCUUACAGAUUGAGAACUAUCUUAUAGUGGCUGGAAGCCAACCUGAAAGUGGUGGUGUUGGGUUUCGCAAUUUCAGAACUAAACAACCAUGCCCUACUAUGUACUCAUUGCUCCAAAGUUGUCUUGUAUUAGCAAGAUAAUAAAUAAUAAAUACAACCGUUUAACAAACUUUAGCAACAGAUUGCAAUAACAUCAGUCCUUUUUGCCAUGUCAUCCAGUUCUUGGCAUGUUAAGCAAAAAUCAACAGAAAUUCUGAAGUAGAAAAGUGACUCUUC